UGUGAAUGUGACUCUGUGGUCUGUGGCUAAAUUGGAAAAAAAACAAUUAAAAAUUAAAUUGUUUUUAAACUUGGCUAAAAUUAAAUAAAUAUUAUAUAUCGCAAAUAAAAACAGCUAAAGUAAAACUUAUUCGUUUAAUAUAUUAUAUGAGUUGUUGAGUAACAACAAAACUGAGGUAAUGUAUUCUUUAUUCUGAAAUGCUCAAACAACAACUGUCUCCACGGAGCGUGCAUCCCUACCAAACGACGGUAGUUCCUCGAAGCGAGCAACAGUUUGCGACGGCGAAUCAACAAAGGGCUAAGUAUCCUUGGGCUGAAGAGAGUAAUCCACCUGUGUACCAACUUGCUGCACUUGAUAGCAGUUCAGCAUCGGAAAAUCCAUAUCACGUCCCUCAAUUCUAUCAAACUACUCACCGUAACUAUGGGGGCCCUCCUUCGCCAGUCUACCAAAUGCCAUACUCUACAGGGUCAUGGCGUACUCACAAAACUAAAGAUCACAUGGUGAAACCGCUACCGUCCAAUACUUAUUCAUUUCCGCCCUGUGCAUCUGCGUUUUCAUUGCCGCUGUGUGAUGUGGAGCACCCUCGCACUGUGAGCCACUCACCAGUCCCAACCGUGCCAUCAUUGAGUCCUGAAGUUCCUAUUAUUGGUGCCUGCGGGGGGCACUGUCCAGGAUUUGAAUAUGUCUGCUAUUAUAUUUUACAGGUGAUAUUCGUAGUUGGUAUAUUAACUGGAAUUUCACUUUGUAUUGCUGGUAUAGUGCUGAGGAGAACCAAUCGUAAUGGUGAUCUAGGAGUAUUAGUUUAUAUUGGUUGUCUGUCGUCGUGCGUUUGCAGCGUGCUGCUCGGCGUGCAGUGCUGCGUGCGCCGCGAGAUACGACAGAGGAAGCUGCGCGCCAACCUGCACAUCCCCAUGCAAGCUAUGCAGGAGCCGCCUGCCACAGCUUGCCCACUGCUGCCCUCUAUGUUACCUCAUAGUCAAGUGUAUAGACCUACAACUUCCAAUGUGAGUGCCGAAGAAGAGGUGCCGGGCGUGCCGUGGUGGCGCCGCGAGAACAGAGACUGACUAGCUUUAACAUUAUGCGUAUAUUAUAAGUACUAACUAUGAACAAUAUUGUAUCAUUUACUGCGAUUUAUUUAUAUUUAAUAAAUUUAUUGCUUUAAAAUAA